AUGCCCGCUUUGACCUCCUCGUUCACAGCCGCAGUUGCUCCCCAAGUCCUUCGCGAAUCGACUGCUGAGAACAUUCUUCCAUGCGCAACCCAAGAGACAGGCGUCGCUGCCGCGAGGGCGGACAAGCCACUAGCACAACAAGUCGAGGGCGACACGCCUGCUGCCAUAUUUCUGCGUAUUCUUGAGGAAUGCGCGAAGAAACAGUCGGAGGAGGAGAGAGGCUUGAGGCAGAGCCUCGAUGUAGCUUUGCCGAUGUUGGGAAUUGAUCCACGCCUCACGGACAAGGCGUAUUGCGCGUCAAUCAAGCCGCCGCCGCCCCCAACAGCCACGAAGGCCAUCGUGGCCAACGACACCAGAGUCAAGAGGGAGCGCGACGAGGAUGAAGUUGUUGCUCAACCCUCUCAGAAGCGAGCACGAACAUCCAAAGCGGACCCGAGCCUCCUGGCCUGUCCAUGGAAGGGAUGUUCAACAGAGGGCGCGGCGGACCCCUUGUGGCAGCACUUGCGAGGCGACCACGGCUGCCAGGGGAGGUAUCCCAGACCGACGGACGACGUACGGUGCGAAUGGGAAGGCUGCGUUUUCGCAGGGACUUCCGACGCAGUCGUGAGGCACUUCAAGGACGUCCACAACGCCCAGCACGACUCGGAGGAGGGGCGUAAUAGCCGCCGGGCGCCCGCGGAGGGCGAGAAGGAGAACACGGAGGGCGACGCCAACCCUACAGACGACCAUGUCGUCUGCAGAAUUGCUGGAUGUAACCAGUCGGUGAAGCGCGGUCGCUCCUUCCGCCGUCAUGCGUACGGCAUGCACUGGCACCACCCAGACCAUAUGUUCUGGUGCGUGUUCUGCGGAAAGUGGAAGAGGGUGGAUGAAAAUCGCGGUUGGAGACGGCACACCUCGAAAUGCAUCGAGGCACAUCUGGAGGACUACGGAAAGCCGGAGACGAACGCUGCUCAAUUCGUGCAAGGCUCCUCGUCGUCGUCGUCGUCGUCGUCGUCAUCGCGGGGGUGA